AUGCGCGCGAGCACAUCACCAAAACGCAUCUCUAUCGUCGUCGCGACCCCCAGAACAACUCAAACUUUAAAAAGGAAAACGCGGCGUUUUUUUCUCCUCUCGUCGUCGUCUUCGAGUUUGGAAGAGAAGCGCGAGGACGAGAACAAGAACGCGUUCAAAACCUGUUGGUCCAACCACCCGCAGACGGAAGACGGGGAAAACAUCAUCGUCAAAGAGGUCGUCAAAAACAAACUCUACGUGUGCGAACGACAAUUUUUAUGGAACACCAUCGACGUCGGCGGACGAAUGGCAGUGGUGAAACUGCAAAACGGCGAGUUGUGGGUGCACUCGCCGAUCGAUUUAGACGAGGAGACGAAGAAGGAGAUCGAGAAGCUCGGAGAGGUGAAACAUAUCGUCUCUCCGAAUUACGAGCACCUGAAAUACGCGAAAAUGUGGAAACGAGCGUAUCCGAACGCAACGCUGUGGGGAUGUCCCGGGUUGAAAGAAAAGAAACGAGGAGAGAUUCCGUACGAUAAGGAUCUGGGAGAUGUAAAAGAAGAGUGGAAGGACGAAUGGUUGAACGAGUUUGAGAUGGUGCAUUGGGAUUGCGAGAGUCUCUUCUCGAAGCCGUUUUUCAACGAGGUGUCGUUUGCGCACAAAGAAAGUAAAUGUUUGAUGGUGACGGAUGUGUAUUGGAAUUAUCCGGACGGCGAAGGAAUGGAUGAAAAGUUGUACACGUUCAAAGAGAAAGGGUGGAAGUUUCUCAUGGAUGUUAUUUAUUUGCCCAUUUACAAGAACGUGUUGUGUUUCGGAGAGGAGAAAAAGAAGAAGUUGAGAGCGCGAGUCGAGGACGUGGAGCGGCUCGAUUUCGAUACCAUCGUACCGUGUCACGGGACGAUUGUGAAGGAUGGAGAUGUCAAAAAUACGCUAAGGAAACACUUGUUGUAA